AUGGCGGGGGGCUACUUCCACCUUCCAGUAUCUCGCCGUCCCGCGUCCGAUAACUUGGGAUCCAGCAAAACACCCCCGGUGUCACACAGCUCGCCAUCGACUUCGUUGGAAGAUGGCUCACAGGGCCAGCAGACGUAUCAGGAGCUGAAGCUGGGGGGUGGAGCUCAAGGCACGCAUCGGAAUGCAAGCAUUCUCAAAAACACCAAUCGCGUCAAGUUCACCACGGACGAGCUCGAGCUCAAGGAGCCUACAGGCGGCCACUCGGGCGAAUGCCGACUGGACCGUAGGGGCACUUCUGUGCUCCCCCAGAGACCUCUGCCUACCGCCAACAUUCCUCGUGUCCAGGAUUGGGGAACCACGGAUCCCCAAAGAGGGAGAUCAGCAGAGCAACGGAGCUCUACCGCGUCACCAGAUGUCACUGGCUUGACGAUCGACGUCCGGUCCGCCUCAUCGGAGACAGGGGACUAUGAGAUCAGUGCCGUUACGAAUGACAAGGGGCGUGCAAUAUCCUAUGUGCAGGGAAGAGCUCAACGGCUUGCAUCCCUUCUCAGUUCUCAAAAAUCUCCGAAGCCAAGUCCCCACUCCAGUCUUGUAUCAUCAACUGCCUCUACUCCCAUCGAGGCUCUUUUUCCUACUGAAGAUGGGGAUGAGGUUCCUAUGAUCAAUUUUCCUGAGAAGCAUCAACUCUUUGACGAGCUUACCCUGAUCGACAAUGAAGCUGGCUUCAUAAACGGGCGAUUUACACCGCGCAACUACGAAACUCAAACUACUGUGCGCCAAAUGUCACGACCGGACCUUCACUUUUUGACUCGCUUCCGUCCUCCUUCUCCUGGUUUGGUGUCCAGCCGCGAUACCCCGUCUGAGGACCGGGACUCGCUCGAGCGGCCGAGACAUAACCGGGGAGGUAUCCUUUCGUCUAUACUCAGACUCUACGACCAGCAGUCCGGUCAAUCUUACUACCAGGGCCGGUAUGGCGAGUCCAGACGGGGGAGUGCCUCUACCGACUAUAGCGGACGUGGUUCCUCCCCUGAUGAAGACUCCGUCUGGAAGGCAAAUCGGCCCAAGAAGUGGUACGAGAAAUCCUCCAGUCGAUCCAGCACCUCUCUUGCCGGCUCCUCGAUCAAGAACCCCUCUCCCAUUGGCAUUCUCAAGCGGUCUCGCAGCAGCAAUGCCGUCGAGGGAGUUGCACGUCAUUUCACAAGGCCCCAGCUUGAAGAUGAGAUUCGAAUCACGGUUCACAUCGCUGAGCUUCUUCAACGCCAACGGUACCUGAUCAGGCUCUGUCGAGCCUUGAUGAAGUAUGGCGCCCCGACCCAUCGCCUGGAAGAAUACAUGCGGAUGACUGCACGCGUCCUCGAGAUCGAUGGCCAAUUCCUCUACAUCCCGGGCUGUAUGAUCAUCUCCUUCGACGAUGCCUCCACACACACGACCGAAGUCAAAGUCGUCCGGUCCAGCCAGGGAAUCGACCUGGGCAAGCUGGCUGAUGUACAUGAGAUCUACAAGGAGGUGAUUCACGACGUAAUCGGGGUCGAAGAGGCUAUCCAGCGGUUGGAUGAAACGAUGAAGAGGCGGAGCAAGUACCACAUUUUGUUCCUCAUCUUCGCCCACGGCUGUGCAAGCGCGUCGGUUGGCCCGUUUGCUUUUAAUGCGCGGCCGGUCGACAUGCCCGUCGCCUUUCUGCUAGGCUGUCUACUCGGUGUGCUGCAGCUGAUUCUAUCGCCCAAGUCGAGCUUGUACUCGAACGUGUUUGAGAUCUCGGCUGCAGUGCUGACCUCCUUCCUGGCUCGAGCCUUUGGAAGUAUCCGAUUCCAAGGGGAAUCUUUAUUCUGCUUCUCUGCUCUAGCACAAUCUUCCAUUGCCCUCAUACUCCCCGGGUAUACUGUUCUCUGUGCUAGUCUAGAGCUGCAGUCACGCAGCAUCGUGGCAGGCUCAGUACGCAUGGUAUACGCCAUCAUUUACUCCCUCUUCCUCGGGUUCGGUAUCACAAUUGGCACCGCCGUGUAUGGCCUGCUAGACCCCGAGGCCUCGACAGCGUAUACGUGUCCCGCUAGCCCAAUUACGAACGAAUACCUCCAGCGAUUCCCCUUCGUCCUGAUCUUCACCGCAUGCCUCGCCAUUGUCAACCACGCCAAGUGGAAGCAAAUCCCCAUCAUGCUGGUUAUCUCCCUGGCCGGCUAUGUCGUCAGCUACUUCAGCUCCAAGCGGUUCUAUUCCAACACGCAAGUCUCGAACGCCCUUGGGGCCUUCGUGAUCGGAGUCAUGGGCAAUUGCUAUAGUCGCCUCCGUCACGGGCUAGCAGCAGCAGCCAUGCUCCCCGCGAUAUUUGUCCUGGUCCCCUCUGGUCUCGCUGCUAGCGGGUCUCUUAUUUCGGGCAUCACCUCAGCAGAGGAGAUGACCCGAAACCCCUACGCAGUUGUAGCCAACGGCACGCAGGGCUUUGUUGACGCGGCAAAGAACCUCUCUGCCGCUGAAGCACGCAACCAGAGCUACGGCGUCGUCUUCGACAUCGGCUACGGCAUGGUCCAGGUCGCCAUCGGGACUACCGUCGGCCUGUUUUUGGCCGCACUAGUUGUCUAUCCAUUGGGCAAGAAGCGCAGUGGACUUUUCAGCUUUUAA